CGUCAUUCCAGGGAGCUCAGGACAAACCCAACCUCUUUUUUGGCUGUGAGGCAACAAACCUCGUUCGACAUUUCAAAAUACCAACCAUCCACACAAUUUGGACCAGCCAGAGAGAAGGAAAUAAGAGGAUAUGACAUUGGAGGAUUUCGAAAAGGAGCUGGCUGCAAGUCAGAGGGAAAGGGAGCGCGAGAAAAGCAAGGAAAAGCAUCGAGAGAAGCACCGGGAUCGGGAUCGGGACCGUGACAGGGACCGCGACAGGCACAGAUCUAGAGACAAACAUAGAGAUCGAGACAGUGACAGAAACAGAGACAGAGAUAGCCACUCCUCCAAUUACCAUAGCCAUCACCAUAGCCGUCAUCACUCGUCCCGACACAGCAAUUCCCAAAAUGAGGAUGAAGACAGACACAGACGCAAACGCUCCCACUGCUCCAGCAGCAACAGUGGUGAGGAUUGCGAGCGUCCACAUAAACACAGAUCAAGGCGCGAGGAGAGUGGGAAGGGUGAAGAACCUGAUCCAACAGCAUCAAAUACCGCUCCACCAACAAUUCAUAAACAAGAGCAAGGACUUCAGCGCGAUUCGUGGAUGGAAGCUCCUUCCACACUGGAUAUAGACUACGUUCAGCGGCCCAAGCCUCAACAGCAGGAAUCUCCCACAAAGCGGAUGCUCCAGGUGGAUUACAAGCUUAGAUUACAUGAGAGGGAGCUUAAUCGCCAUUUACAUGAUAUUAAUGAAGAGGAGGAGCCUGAGACUGAUAAACGAGGGAUGGAGGAGCCGGUUAAACAUGAGGUGGACUAUACGUUUGGCGAUGCUGGCUCCCAAUGGCGGAUGACGAAGCUGAAAGCUGUAUAUAGACAGGCAAAAGAAACGGGGGCCAGGAUUGAGGAUAUUGCUAUUGAGCGGUUUGGGGAUCUCCGUUCUUUCGAUGAUGCGAGAGAGGAGGAGAUUGAGCUGGAGAGGAGGCAGAUUUAUGGCAAUGGCUAUGUUGGUAAGGAUAAGCCUAGCGGAGAACUUUACCAAGAGAGAAAGCUGCAGAGUGGUUUGAGGGAGAGAGAGGACAGAGAUGUCCGGAGGGGCGAGGGGGAGCUAAGUGAUCUACAGUUGCACCCAGGACAAUCUGUUGAACCCAAGCCCAUAGUCCCACAGCAGACUAAACAACUCAAUUCUACGGAUCUAAAUAGGUUGAAAGCGCAGAUAAUGAAAGCAAAGCUACGGAAGGCGCCGAAUGCAGCAGAACUCGAGGCGGAAUACAACGCUGCAGUGGAAUCUAUGGCGAAUCGAAAAAAUCCCGAUGUGGUGGUCCUUGGGGUUAUGGAAAAUAGGUUGCUCGCCGGAGGUGAAAGGCCGGAAGUUAGGCCAGUUGAGAACAAGAGAGGAAAGGAAAGAGGUCAAGUAGAGGAAAAUGAAGACAUUACAAUUGAGGAUAUGGUGCGAGAGGAGCGUAGGACUCGUGGCCAAGCCGGAGGGGAGGGACAACGGUUUGCGGAGAGGAUUGCUAAAGAUGCCAAAUUCGAUAAUGACCUCGAAUACAUGGACGAAAAUGCCGCGAAGCUGGCUAAACGCGUACAAAAAUCAGAAAUUAACCUCAAAAAUACAGCGAUCAAUGAAUUCCAAAAGAUGAACCGCAUCCUCGAUAGCUGCCCACUCUGCUACCGCGAAGACACAGAAACGCCUCCCCUUGCCCCUGUCGUGUCAUUGGCAACCAGAGUAUAUCUUACUCUCCCUACGGAGCCGGAGCUCAGCGAGGGAAGCGCCUGCAUCGUCCCGAUCCAACACCGGAGAAACCUCCUCGAAUGCGACGAUGAUGAAUGGGAGGAGAUCCGAAACUUCAUGAAGAGCCUAACGCGCAUGUAUCACGACCAAGGGCGGGAUGUAAUCUUCUACGAGAACGCAGCACAGCCGCAGCGUCACCGACACGCUGCCAUGGAAGUCGUUCCUCUCCCUUACAGUCUUGGCGAGACCUCGCCAGCCUUCUUCAAGGAAGCCAUCCUCGCCGCCGACGAGGAGUGGACGCAGCAUAAGAAGCUGAUCGACACGCUGGCACAGGCACGCGCGGGGAUGGGGAAGUUAGCGUUCCGCCGCACCAUCGCGAAGGAGAUGCCGUAUUUUCAUGUGUGGUUUGAGCUGGAUGGUGGGCUGGGCCAUAUCGUUGAGGAUGCCAAUCGGUGGCCCCGUGGGGAUUUAUUUGCCCGGGAGGUUAUAGGGGGCAUGCUGGACCUAGAGCCGGAUGUGAUCAAGCGGCAAGGACGAUGGCGGAAGGAAGGUGAUGAGAGAGUUGAUGGGUUUAGGAAGCGGUGGAAGAAGUUUGAUUGGACAAGGGUGUUGACAGAGGGGUGAACGAUUUGGAUUCCUAUACUUGGGAUAGCGUUUUCUUUCCUUCUCCAUCUGCUCAUUUUUUGACUUCUCUUGUAUAAUUUACUGUGCAUUAGGCGACGGGAAUUGGCAAUGUGCUAAAAAGAGGGCUCUGCUGUGUAUUUUACGUAUGAAGGGUUAAUUCGGGGAAUCAAACGGGUCAGUUAUAUCGAUCUUCUUAUAUCUUUCAUGCCGACAACAUCCCGCCCGUGAAUUCGGACGGUAUCAUGGCCAGAUAUCUAUCCAUCUCAUUUCUUAUCUCUUAUCCCAUCCCAUCGCAAUGUCGAGCCAUUCCUUCUUUUGAAAAGUCCUCAUAUUCGGCCGAGUAGUGUAGCUAGUUCCUUAAUGUCUAGUUACAACUUACGCCGUACCAAUAACCGCUUUUUCACUGCCUUAAAAAUCAACUAGUGUAUAUACCAUGCACAGCGAUGAACCUCCCAUCAAUAAUCAUACAGGGCCUUGAUCCGCCACUACGGAGUACAAGGCAAUGAAUGGAUGGCAUCCCAUUCCGCUCCCAACGCCCCUCAUAACGUGCACUGUGGGAUCCUGUUGCUGUAUGUUUUACCUUUGGUCAACAUUUUGUUAUGCCCGAGACCCGCCGUCUGCAAGAAAAGAAUUGCGCGCCUUUUCUUUUUCUUUUCUCUUUUCU